GGAGUUCUGAAUGUGAAAUCCAAUAUUCCCACGAUUUCUAUGCGUUCUCCAUCCAUGGCCUCAUUGGAAGAUGACACAUUUAGGCUCUUCCUUCAGCAACACCGGGACCCGUCCCACAGGAAGCUGUGACGACGCUGCCAGCCUUUGGGAAACACCCCAGGCUCUCUGAUUGUCGCGGACAAUCAUUGUUUUUCUUCCCGUUUCGCGAGCACGUGGGUCACAGUCUCCACGCGCUGAGCCUUGAUGAGGGUCUCCAGCCUGAAAUGAAACAGGUGCGGGGCAGGGACGAGCCCUGGAGACCAGCAGGAUGGGGAACAGCACAUCAUCAUCUUUGGGGAAUUCAGCAACAGCUCCUGUGAAUCAGAUCCAAGAAACGAUUUCUGACAAUUGUGUGGUGAUUUUCUCAAAAACCUCUUGUUCUUACUGUACAAUGGCAAAAAAACUUUUCCAUGACAUAAAUGUUAAUUACAAAGUGGUGGAGUUGGACAUGCUUGAAUACGGAAGCCAGUUUCAAGACGCUCUUUACAAGAUGACUGGUGACAGAACCGUGCCAAGAAUAUUUGUCAAUGGAACUUUUAUCGGCGGUGCAACGGACACUCAUAGGCUCCACAAAGAAGGGAAAUUACUUCCACUAGUGCAGCAGUGUUACUUAAAAAAAAGUGAGAGAGAAGACUUUUCGUGAUGUCGGUGCUCCUCACUUUGCCAGUGAAAUGUCAGUUAUUUAAAGUGAUAAUGCCUUUUCAAUGUUGGAGGAUGUUUGAAGUAUGUGAAUUGUGUCCCCAAAAAGUUGUGAAAAUAAUGAACAAUAAAUCGCUGUGGAAUCGU